AUGUUCCUAAUGGAGUAUCUAGAUGAUUCUGUCGAUCCAGUGGUAGGUGACUCGGUCGCUUUCUACGAGCCUAUGGAUGUCGACAUCGACACAGACAUAGGCGGUUUCAGAACGGAGACGACUAUGGAAAUUGCCAUGGGAAUCACGGCUCCCACUCCCGCUCCGACGCCGUUGAUACGACGCCGCAGUCGAUGCCGCAGGGACAGCUCGCCUUUCUUUCGUCGGCCCAGCGCAGAGGCCUGCGAGAGCCGCAUUUACGCGACUUUCCACAAAUUUCACAAAUCCUCCGGCAACGUCUAUGAUGACCUUGUGGGCCUCUUGUACGCGAGUCGUAACCCUCAAAGUGGGCUGAAGAAGGCGCAUGAGGGUGAGAGAUUCACAGAUUUCGACAAAUUCACCAACUUCGGCUGGCCGGCGCCGGUGCUGCCGAUGACAUUCUACUAUGGCGCACGGCCUCAGUAUCUCGCCACGCCCAACUUCACGAAGUUCGAGGCUCAGGACACUUUCAUCGCCCAAAUCAUCUUGGAUAUGGCGCUGCUUGAUACAAUCAGAAGCGAGCAGCCGCAUUACCCUCCCGGCCGCAAGGAUCGCAAAGCUCCUGCCUCGGGACGUAUCUUGGCGGCCAAUCCAAUACACAAAGCUUUAAGUUGCGUCUGGACGACUGGGAAGGUCAGCACCGUUGCCGUGCUAGCAGGUCAAAUAUUGGUGGACCUACAUGAUAGCGAGAGCAUGGAUAUCGCCAACAACAUGGGACAAGUUCAAGCUCUUCCAGGGAAUGCAAAGGAUAUCGUGGAAAAGCUCGGAUUGGAUCCAGUCGAUGAGCCACGUGCCGAUCUUAUCCUAACUCCAGACGAUUUCGCACCAUCGGCAGUCAAGGCUGAUGUGAUAAAAGGAAACAAGAGCUACCCAGAAGUUCCCAGAACUCAUGCACGCCACAGGUUCCGGGAGCCCUUUAAGGAUGGAACUAUCCUAGCGGAGAUGGUUCAGAAUUUUGCUGCCUUCAUGGGGCAGAAGACAGGGGGCGGAACUGUCAAACAAAAAUUAGGCUGGUAG